AUGGCUGCAUCUAAGAAGAAUUUCCACGUCGCUGUGGUCGGCGGUGGUAUUGCAGGAGUGACUUUGGCAAUUACUCUUCACCACCGCAACAUCCCUGUGACACUCUACGAGCAAGCACCUGCCUUUGGCGAGGUGGGCGCCGGCGUGUCCUUCGGACCUAAUGCCGUCGCAGCGAUGAAAACCUGCCACCAAGGCAUCUUCGAGGCCUUCGAGAAGGUCUGCACACGGAAUAUGUGGUCAUCCAAGCAGAAUGUCUGGUUCGACUAUCUUGAUGGGCAUAGCACGGGCACGUCGACCUCGGCCCAGAAUGCCAGCCACCAGGACAUUGCCUUUACCAUUUCAAACAGCACCGGUCAGACCGGAGUUCACCGCGCCCACUUCCUCGACGAACUGAUCCGGUUGGUCCCUGAUGGCAUCUCACGGUUCAACAAGCGACUGGAUGACGUCACCGAGCGCGAAGAUGGAAAACUCGUCUUGAAGUUCGCGGAUGGCAGCGAGGACGUUACUGACGUGGUGAUCGGUUGUGAUGGAAUCAAGUCCCGGGUUCGGCAGCUGAUGGUGGGUGAAGACCAUCCGUCUGCCAACCCCACCUAUACGCACAAAUAUGCAUACCGUGGUCUGGUACCCAUGGAUCAGGCGAUCGGGGCGAUCGGGGAAGAAUUGGCUUCUAAUUCUUGCAUGCAUAUGGGUCCCGGUGGCCACGUGUUGACAUUCCCUGUAAGCCAGGGCAAGAUGCUUAACAUUGUUGCCUUCCACACCAGUCCGGAUAACUGGGCGGAUUACCCCAGACUAACCCGACAAGGCACGCGGGAUGAAGCUCUCCGCGACUUCGCCGGAUAUGGGCCUAACGUGAUCAAUUUAUUGAGGUUGACUGACGAAGAACUCAGUGUGUGGGCAAUUUUCGACCUGGGAGAACAUCCUCUGUCCACAUUCUCCAAAGGCCGUGUCUGUCUUUCCGGUGAUGCGGCACACGCCACGUCGCCGCACCACGGCGCCGGGGCUGGCUUCUGCCUUGAGGACACGGCAGUCUUGGCUGCAUUGCUGGAAGACGAUCGAGUGCAGACGCACAAAGAUCUUGAGCAUGCUGUAGAUGCUUUCGACUUCUGUCGCCGAGAAAGAACACAGUGGUUGGUGCAGAGCAGCAGGUUCGUCGGAGACUGCUAUGAAUGGCGGGCUGAGGGGGUGGGAAGGGACUUCAAAAAGAUUGAAGAGGCAAUCAAUCACCGAAACGGUAUUAUAGCCAAUGUGGAUGUUGAUAGGAUGUGCGAGGAUGCUCGACAGCAGCUUGCCCAGAGGAUUUGA